GCCCCGCCGAGCCCCCCAGCCUCCGCAGCCGGGUGGAGUUCAUUUCUUUUGUUCUUGGAAGCUGAAUAGGAGAAAGGGACUUUUCAGUUUUCUUGAUAAAGAUUACACCAGUUUACUUCAACUGUAAGACAGGAAUAUUUCUUGAAUAUUAAGAGCUCAUUAGCCAAUUCUAUAGACAACAUGCCUUUACGAAGUUCUGGCAAAUUAAGCAUGGACACCAGAAAAGAAGAUGGUGAGAGCACAGCACCUGCCCCUCCUCAGAAGAAGCUGUCCUGUCAGUGCCACCACCACUGUCCUGAGGACUCAGUCAACAGCACCUGCAGCACUGAUGGCUACUGCUUCACCAUAAUAGAAGAAGAUGAGUCUGGUGGACAUCUAGUCACCAAGGGAUGUCUUGGAUUAGAAGGCUCAGACUUCCAGUGUCGGGACACUCCUAUUCCACACCAAAGAAGAUCUAUUGAAUGUUGCACAGGCCAAGAUUACUGUAACAAACACCUUCACCCUACGCUGCCACCGCUGAAAAAUCGAGAUUUUGCUGAAGGAAACAUUCAUCACAAAGCCCUGCUGAUCUCAGUGACUGUUUGCAGUGUACUUUUGGUGCUUAUCAUCAUAUUCUUCUACUUCAGAUACAAGCGCCAAGAAACGAGGCCCCGCUACAGCAUCGGGCUGGAGCAGGACGAGACCUUCAUUCCGCCUGGAGAGUCCCUGAAGGAUCUGAUCGAGCAGUCCCAGAGCUCUGGGAGUGGCUCUGGGCUCCCUCUCCUGGUUCAAAGGACCAUUGCAAAACAGAUUCAGAUGGUGAAGCAGAUUGGAAAAGGUCGCUAUGGAGAAGUCUGGAUGGGAAAGUGGCGUGGGGAAAAGGUAGCUGUGAAAGUGUUCUUUACCACGGAGGAGGCCAGCUGGUUCAGAGAAACAGAAAUCUACCAGACUGUCCUGAUGAGGCAUGAAAAUAUUCUCGGCUUCAUUGCUGCAGACAUUAAAGGUACAGGAUCUUGGACCCAGCUGUACCUCAUCACUGACUACCAUGAGAAUGGCUCACUUUAUGACUAUCUCAAGUCUACUACGUUGGACACCAAAGCCAUGCUAAAACUUGCUUACUCCUCUGUUAGUGGCUUGUGCCACCUGCACACUGAGAUCUUCAGUACUCAGGGCAAGCCUGCUAUUGCUCACCGGGACCUAAAAAGUAAGAACAUCCUGGUGAAAAAGAAUGGCACCUGCUGCAUAGCAGAUUUGGGCCUGGCUGUUAAAUUUAUCAGUGAUACAAAUGAAGUAGACAUCCCUCCAAACACCCGUGUAGGAACAAAACGCUAUAUGCCUCCUGAGGUCCUGGAUGAAAGCUUGAACAGAAAUCACUUUCAGUCCUACAUCAUGGCUGACAUGUACAGUUUUGGACUCAUCCUUUGGGAGAUAGCAAGGAGAUGUGUUUCAGGAGGAAUAGUUGAGGAAUACCAGCUUCCAUACCACGACCUUGUGCCCAGCGACCCCUCGUACGAGGAUAUGAGGGAGAUUGUGUGCAUCAAGAGACUGCGCCCUUCGUUUCCCAACAGAUGGAGCAGUGAUGAGUGCCUACGGCAGAUGGGGAAGCUGAUGAUGGAAUGCUGGGCUCACAACCCUGCCUCCAGACUCACAGCUCUGCGGGUCAAGAAAACACUUGCCAAAAUGUCAGAGUCCCAGGACAUUAAACUCUGACUCAGCCAGAGGCAGCUCUCCUGGAGGCCCAUGAGAGGGGACAAGUCAGAAGUCCUUGAAGAGGUAUCAAACAUCUUCUUUAACAAGUACCAUGAAUGCAGUUGUGCUCAAGAGCAGCUGUAAGUUUGUUUGACAGCUUUUGAGAAGACUUUUCUUUGCAUAAAUCAGCUGUGUUUUGACAUACAAGAUUGGAAGAGGCUUGUCUGCCCUUGUUUACACAGGGAAGUAACAGUUUUAGUAACUGGUUUAAGAUUAUGCAUGUUGCUUUCCAUGAAAGCCACUUAUUAUUUUAUUAUUAUUAUUGUUAUUAUUAUUUUGAUUGUUUAAAAAGAUACUGCUUUAAAGUUUAUGAAAAUAAAACUUUUGGUUAGAAGUAAAAAGAUGUAUAUUGUUACA